UUUAACCACCAAAUUGGUCGAUAUAACGGCUACAGACCUGUGGAUAGGUUUAAAUGCUGUCAAACAAGAUGGAUUUUACUGGACUGAUGGAAAAUCACGGAAAUACACCAACUGGGGUUAUUCUAAACAUCAGCAUCGUCCUGGGACCUUUUAUCAGAGAUGGAAUGAGGAAGACUGUGUUGUGAUGACUACCACGUCUACGCUUGGCAUCGGUAAAUGGAUGGUUAAGUCUUGCAAUGACACCAGUGGAUUUAUCUGUCAUAAAAAUCUUGACCCAAAUAUCCAGUCUCCGCCAGACACAAUAGAUCCCAACAUCUAUGUACGCGUGGGAAAUGACAGCAUUAAGGUUGUGACUCAAAAUCUGACCUGGUAUGAUGCCAAGCGACGUUGUGAAAGCGAGAAAGCCAACUUGGCGAACCUACGAAAUGAGUGGACACAGGCCCAUCUUGACCUGGUGGCUAUGAAUCUUAAUGCUCCUCUUUGGAUUGGACUGAACAAAAACCAGACUGGAGGUUAUUUUAGGUAUGUCGAUGGCUGGCACCUGAACUUUGCCACUUGGGCUGAAUAUGAACCAAGCAGGAACAAACCUUGCGUGUACAUAGGUGUGGAUGGAAAAUGGAGGACUGCUUUCUGUAACCAGACCAUGAACAGUGUUUGCAUGCUGUCAGCAGAUGUGGCACCAACAGAGUCCACCAUGUUCCCAGGACGCUGCCCUGAAGAUACAAAUGUAGAGUACCAACAGAGUUACACCUGGCUGCCAUUUAAGGGUCACUGCUAUUUGUUUAUCACUGAUGAAAUUGAAUGGGCAGAUGCAGCUAGCAGCUGUGUCAGGCAUGGUGGAACACUGGUGAGCAUUGAAGAGCCCUCUGAGCAACAGUUCAUCAGAAGCAAUGUGGAAAUAUUUCAGGAUGGCCAAGCCUCUUUCUGGAUCGGACUGUUCAAAACCUAUACGGGGACGUGGAUGUGGUUGGAUAAAACAGUCUUGGACUACACUAACUGGGCUCCAGAAGAGCCUGAAUCUGACUAUGGAGCGAUCAGAACCUCAGAUGGGACUUGGAGCACCGGUCGCAGAUGGCACGACAGAGGAUACAUCUGUAAAACACCCAAAAUACUGAGCACAGAUCCAGAAUCAAAACCUGAACCUCAUGGAGGUCAGGAUCAGCGCAGUCGUGUCCACACAAGCCUGGUAGUUGUGCUGAUCAUUACUAUCACUUCUACGCUGAUGGUCGUUGCAUUCUUCCUCUACAAGAAGUCUCCUCGUCCCUUGCCCACCUUUGAGAAUCCGCUCUACUUCAACAGCGAACCAUCUCCGCCUGAUGUGGUUGACACCAAUAAAAUGAUAGAGAAUGCAGAAAACCCUGAGCCUAUUUUAACCCUGUGAUUUUUAAAGUAGCAGAACUUAGUGGGACCUAAACUUUACGGCAUCCCAGCCUGAUGUAUUAGACUUUGAUGCUUUAUUGCUUGUUUUUUUACUACAUACAAUAUAUAUUCAGGUAUUUAACAGUAUGUCACCAAGUGUGAGUUUCAGUGGAGUUGGCAAUGUCUAACCUCAUGGAACAGAACAAUUUAGGCUCUAGGAUGUCUCAAUGGGAAUGAUUAGUAUUUGAUUUUCUCUUUUAAUUUUCCAUUAAAUGUUGCUUAUUAAUUAAGCAUUUUUGUUUAUUUACCAUCAUGCUCUCUUUCUAGGUAAAACAAAUGACUUGGUAGUGCUACUGUGCAACCUGUAAGUAUGUAUAUAACUCUCAUAGUUUGUUUCAAGCACAUUCCACUCUGAUAGAUAAAAUGACGCAUGAUUUCCAUAGAUAACUAUCCAUACAUCUAUGGUGUGCAGGAUAAACUGUAUAAAUGAGAAUGUUGUUCCCUGCUUCCUCCCCCCUAAAUCAUUUAGCAGAUUCAUUCAUUUCAACCUUGUGUGUAUUGAAUAGCAAGAAAUAUGGACAGAAUUUAUUCAGAGGCAAAGAUUUCAAGACUAGUUAGCGCUCUCUAGUGUUAUGUUUCAACACUGGGCCACACACACUCAUAAAAAAUAAUAAAUAGCAUUAAAAAUGACACUACAGACUCCCUCUUCACAUACCAUAUUAGAUCAGGAAUAAAUGUGUUAUGUCCUCACCAAAGAUGAGGCAUUCAAAAGCUUAAAAUUUCCAUGAUGAGUCUGUUGUGUUACUUUCAGGUAGCGCAUUUUUAUGGGAACCCGGACAUUAUUUAUUUUUAUGUCAAAUAUGUUUUGAAAUUAUUAACCCUUAGAUGCACAAGUGGGUCAAAAAUGACCCGGUGUGUUAAUUUUCUUGCAAUAUAUUUGUAAUGAAAAGUUUUUAUCAUUUCAUAGACCAACUAUUCCUCAAAAACUUUCUUUUAACAUCUUUCCUUUAAAUUUUUUUAAGUUACCUUUUAUACUUUUAAUGAAAUUGUAGUAUUUGUAUUACUACCCCAAGCUCUUUAUUCAAUUCAAUUAAAUUUUAUUUAUAUAGUGGCGGUUACAGUUCAGAUUGUCUGAAGACGCUUUACAGAACCCAUUUAUCACUGAUAAGAUCAUACAAGAGGUGAUAUGAUGAAGUGCACAAACCUGGAGCCACAGAGAGCAGCAACAAUUGCAGGAAAUGAAUGAAAAAUGACAACAAAGUGGAUGUUGACAUUCUUCUAUUGCUGUUCUGUGUGAUAUUCUUCUUUUUCAAUUAGCAGAAUGUUCGAAAUCCGCUAUAAAGCGAAAAAUAAACAUAUUUCAAACAUUUAAUCAUUCUUGUGUGGACAAAAAUAUAAUACAAACAAAAAUACAAAUGAUUAUUUUAAACCAAAAUGACAAAAAUGGCACAAACACACAUUGAUUCUUAUACAGGUCAUUUCUGACCCACUGAUGGAAGAGUGUAGAUCCAAUCACUCGUGCAUCUAAGGGUUGAAGCCGAUUUGGAGAACAGCUGGAUGUUGAUAUAUCAUGCUAUUGUUUUGAUAGAGGCACCCAUUUCAUAAAAUUCACAGAUUUUGUUCCACUGUGUCCUGGUGAGUGAGCAUCUGUCCACGUUUUGUACAUCAUGACUCCUGGAGCUUUUAUCUUCUGUUCUAACUCUGGUUGUUUAAAAUGUUUAUUUUGAAAAGUAAGCAUUAUGGGAAUUUCUCUCUAGCCUAUGAGGAACUUAUUACUUUCACACAAACUUAUAAUGCAUACAUAUAUUUGUCUUUAUUUGGUUUUGUGAUGUAUAAAGCGAUCAAACGGAC